UCAGUAUCCAUAGAGUUCCUUUGCCGAACAGUCAACAGUCGUGAAAAGAAAAAAAACAAAAAUAAAUAAAUUUAAAUAUGUGGAAGAAGGUGAUUUUUGCUGUGGUUUUUGUGGCCUUUGUGGGCGUGCAAUUCGCCAACUCCCUGAGUUGCUACAGCUGCAAGGACGUCGCCUCCUGCCAGAAUCCCACGCUCCAGGACUGCAGCAACACCACGGCCAAUGAAAGCAGCGUGUGGCUUUCAACGUUGCACAACAAUGUUCCCGUUGUGGGUGGCAGCCAGAGCUUCUUGUGCACCAAUCUCACCUACUACCAUUCUUCCAACAACAGUCGCAUUACUGAGUUUCUGGGCUGUGUUCAUCCCAAUGCCACGGUCUGUGAACUGACUCUAACGGCCGCAGACAACAGGACCGCUUGGAGCAAGAAUUGCAAAACCUGCAACCAGGAUUAUUGCAACAGGAAUCCCGCAGGAACCUUCAGUGGCAGUGCAUACACCAUGAUUGGUUCCGUUCUGGCGCUGCUUCUGGCCAAGAUUCUCAGUUAGGAGCCUUUGCGAACUGAACCUUUGAUUUGUAGAGUAUUUGAAGAGUGUUUUUGUACAUAUAAAUUAUAACAUUAUAAUAUAUGGGUGGGAUCAGCGAAUGAUCCACUCGGAAAUCCA